AUGUUACAGGCAAAUGGCAACAGCCCUUUCGCUUUAACCUUAAUAAAGCAUAGUCUAGUAUUGACCUUAUUCUUUAAUGCGGAAGUGCGCGCGUUUUAGCGAUUGUUUUAGAACUUCCGAUUCAGUUGCCUAUGGGAGAAAUGACUAGGAAUAAUAAUCGGCAGAAAACGGUCAAACUACUUACUCUACAAACAAGUGUUUGCAUGACAACACAGACAAAGUAGAAUAAUAUAAUAAGAAAAUAUCAGUUUGCAACACCAAGCAGCAAAACGAGCUGUUUUUAACGUUUGAAAAUGAAUGGACGUGAAUGAGACCGGAAGUCUCAAGCCAAAAUUAUUCAAAUGGCUGCGCCCACUCAUAUGCGGAGAAUAAGACAUGGAUGGGCUCAAGCUAUGGCUGGUAUUAGGACCCCUCAUGUCAAGUACAUUUGCCCCCAUGCGCCUGUCAUGCCGGUUACCCUCAACAUGAACAUGGCAAUGCCUUCCUGGUUUGACAUAAUUGGUCUCAAUCCUGAUGCACAAGAAGAUGAAUCUGGAAUUAAAAGAGCUGCUGAAAACGUCAAAGCACUGAUUGAUCAAGAAGUUAAGAAUGGUAUUCCAUCUCAUAGGAUUGUGCUUGGGGGAUUCUCUCAGGGUGGAGCCCUCUCUCUCUUCACUGCUUUGACGACUCAUCAAAAGCUGGGUGGUGUGAUUGCCCUUAGCUGUUGGUUGCCUCUCCGGAAUUCUUUAUCAAAGUCGGUGAUAACUAAAAAUAAAGACAUAUCAGUGCUGCAGUGCCAUGGCGAAGCAGAUCCUUUGGUUCCUCUUAUUUUUGGUCAACUCACUGUAGAGAAACUCAAAAGCAUGCUGAAACCCUCCAAUGUGACUUUUAAAACUUAUUCUGGGAUGCCCCACAGUGCAUGUCCUGAGGAAAUGAUGGACAUCAAGCAAUUUAUUGAGAAGCAGCUGCCCCCAAUAAAUUAGUAAUGUAUAAUGUAAUUGGCUGUUAAAAUAAGGUACUUCUAGCAAAUAAGUACUUUUAAAAAGAGUUGUUGUGGUAUAAUCUAUUUUAAAUACAUACUUGAGUGUGAGCGCAAUGUAACAUUUUGGACACUUAAUUGCAUGUUAUUGACAAUUAAAUGAAAAUGUAUUAUAGUUUUAUUUAUAUUAAAUGCAGUUUAAUGAAGGCUUAAAAAACACUCUGGGCUCAUUUUACAAGUCUCCUAGAGUUAAGCAAUCCACUUUUUUUUAAUCCAUUUAAGCAAUUUCUUGUUCUCACAAGAGUGGAGCAGAGUGCUUCCAGGGGGUGCCUUGAAACCAUAAGAGAUGUACUGUUGUGCUCUAUCAGAUAAUACAACAGAUUUAGUAUCAUUUGAUGUGUUUAACCUACAAACCAACCUUUUCCAUUGAGUUGGUUCAACAGUCUCUCAUGUCUUCAUGUUUUUAAGGCAUCCUCCGAAUGCACCGAUUCUCAUGCGCUGCGUAAUAUCACUGCCUGGUGCAGCCAUGUCACGGCUGUAGCUGUCCUUGACUAUUAUGCCAGAAUGAUAUUUCAGUAGAAAUAUUGGCCUAGAAUAUAGUAACUUUCCGUUUGUCGUUAUACAUAGUGUUACUACAGAACAUUUGAGCUUUAAAUAGGAUUAUUCAAAAAUUUUGGGGAUUUUUUUUAACAAAAUGCUAAUGGUCUAAUUCAGUUAAAUUAUUAUGCUAAUUUUAAGAUAAAAGUGGCGACGCGGUAGUGCAGUAGGUAGUGCUGUCGCCUCACAGCAAGAAGGUCACUGGUUCGAGCCUUGGCUGGGCCAGUUGGUGCUUCUGUGUGGAGUUUGCAUGUUCUUCGGUUUCCCCCACAGUCCAAAGACCUGCGGUACAGGUGAAUUGGGAAGGCUAAAUUGUCCAUACUGUAUGAGUGUGAAUGAGUGUGUAUGGAUGUUUCCCAGAGAUGGAUUGCAGCUGGAAGGGCAUCCGCUGCGUAAAACAUAUGCUGAAUAAGUUGGCGGUUCAUUCCGCUGGCGACCCCAGAUUAAUAAAGGGACUAAGCCGAAAUGAAAAUAAAAGAAUGAAGACAAAAGUGACCCCACCAGAACAAGAAAUCAGCUAAAUGGAUUCAAAAAAAGGUUCAAGUGAACUGUUUAGCAAAAUCAAAAAAAAAAAAGUGCAGUGUUCCUUUAAAAGUUUUUUAUUUUUUUUUUAUCAACAUUAGAGAGACACCAGACAAGGCUGGAUGACCCUGAAAAUUCACUUUCAGUUUAGCUCCAGCCAUGAAAUCACAUUUGUGUAGCAUUCUAGUCAUUUUGAUGACCUUGAUUAACUUGUUCGGAUGUAAUUUUUAGGUUUACAAGCAGGAGUCAGAGUUACCUACCCCUGAUUUACAGUAAAUUCAUCUUUUUAACAUGUAA